AUGGACUCAACUAUCCUAUGUCCGAUCAAGUACACCGAGCACAAAAGCGUCAAGAAAAUGUUCCGAAAGCCUACAAACAGCAGCGCUCCUAAUGGUCCCAGAAUCGUACGGGUGUCCGUUACCGACCCCGAUGCAACCGACGUGUCGAGCGACGAUGAAGCUGGAUUCUUUGGCCGGCAGAGAGUGAAGUGCUACGUCAACGAAAUCAGCAUCGAAGCCUCUUGCAAAACCACGCUUUUCAGCAGCAAAAGUCGUAAGAGGACAGCCGCCGCCGACGUAUCAACCGGAUGUCGUAGACCGCUUAAGGUUUCUUCGGCCAACGGGAACGGUAAGAAGUUCAGGGGUGUACGGCAAAGACCCUGGGGUAAAUGGGCGGCGGAGAUUCGAGAUCCUGCUCGACGUGUACGGGUGUGGUUGGGUACAUUCGACACCGCUGAAGAAGCCGCCAUGGUUUAUGAUAAUGCGGCGAUCAAACUCCGGGGACCUGAUGCUUUGACCAACUUCGUUACCCCGCCGCCGGUUAAGGAAAACAUCGAAAAGACUGAAAAUAUUAAAGUGGCUUCUUCUGGGUAUGAAUCCGGGGACGAGUUGUCUCACAAUCUUUCUUCUCCAACUUCCGUUCUUAACUUUCGAACCCAGUCAACUGAAGAAACAGCAACCGAACCGGAAAAGCCAUUCCAAGAAGAAGAUAGUAAACCGUCCCCGGUGGUUCCCAUCAAAUGUGAGUGGCAAACUGAAACGAACUUGUUCGAUCAUUCGGGAGAUUAUUUGCCGCUUGAUUUCCCUUUCCUGGACGAGUUUUUCAACGUUUCGGUUCCCGAGUUAUCGUUUUUGGAUCACACAGCAACAGAGUUGCCGGAGAGUGAAAAUUAUAGCGACGCGUUAAUCGAUAUAACACAAGAUUUUGGCUGCUGUUCAUCGUCGUCUUCGUCUAUUUCUCAAGUGGACGAUUACUUUGACGAUAUCGGGGAUAUAUUUUUCUCAGAUCCUCUUGUAGCUUUAUGAGAGCAAUUUUAACGGUUGC